AAGAUUCUGCUAGCAAUCUUUCCUCCACACAGUACUCAGUCGCUGCAGCUGCUCAACGCUGUGUGCUUCGCUCCAUUGGCUCAAAACUACAGCAGUGCCGUCACCCAGCACCUCCACGAUAGCCAAGGCAUCUUAGGCGUGCCUAAGAACGACUUCUUUAUGCUCUUCUGGCAAUCCUGGCAGCAAACAUUCACGAAAGAGCUCAUAAUAGCUGCUUAACCCUAACGCAGUACUUAGCUAAUAGGACAAUAAUAGCGAGAGUAAGUAUAAGACCCC